AUGAGCGCGAGCACGAUUCACACGCUCUAUGGGGUCUACUACCAACUCGCGCAAGGGAUUGAGAAAGUGAACGACGACGCCAUUUAUCUCGAUUUCCACGAUGUCAAACUGCGCAUCCGAACGAGGGCGGAAAAGGCUUACGAGGACGACCGUCGGCGUCGUGAGGCCCUGGCAGAUCGGCUGCUCCGCUGCGCCCCUGGAAAACGCCCGCGACGAGCGGACACGGGGCGGGGAAAGGGCUAA